UUUCAUAAUCCGGCAGUUGUUGAGGAAUCAUGAAAGAGAUGUCAUUGCUUCUGCUGUUUUUUAUAUUGAUUUUUCGAAUGGAUUUGUUGAGAUAUUGUCGUGCUCAGGAUGUUCAAGAUGAUUCAUGCAGUUGGAAUCUCAGAAAGAAAAGACAGCGACUGGCGUGCAAUAUAUUCUUAAUACUGUAAUGGACGAACUGGAAAAGGAUGAAAACAGGCGUUUUGCGUGGUGUGAGACGUCAUUUCUAUGGCGUUGGCUCGUUGAUUACAAGCAAAGGAAGCGACUGGAAAAACUUGUCCAGAAAGGUAAGCGUCUCAUGUAAGUGCAAGUGAAAGACUAAAAGGUCAGAUGGAACUUACAAUAAAUUAUUAACUUUUGGGUCAAAUCGAAUUUAUUGGUGGUGGUUGGGUGCAAAACGAUGAAGCCGUAACUUAUUACGUUGAUAUUAUUGAUCAAAUGACACUCGGUCUGAGGACUUUAAAAAAGUAUUUUGGCGAAUGCGGAAUUCCCCGUGUUGCAUGGCAAAUUGACCCUUUUGGUCAUAGUCGAGAAAUGGCUAAUUUGCUGGCAAUGAUGGAUUUCGAAGCUCUUUUCUUUUCUCGUCUUCAUUUCUUAGAAAAAGAAGUUCGUGUGCGGAAUUCUAGUCUUGAAUUUGUUUGGGAUAGUUCCGAUGAUCUCAAAACGAACAUCAUAACAGGUGCAUUUUACUGGGACAGUUAUGGCCCACCACCAGGAUUCUGUUUUGAUCGCGAAUGCCUGGACGAACCGAUUAUGGAUGAAGCUUAUUUGGAAGAAUACAAUGCUGUCCAACGUGUGGAUGAAUUCAUUGAAGAUGUUAAAAGACAGGCUUUGCAUCAACGAACCAAUCAUUUGAUGCUUUUAAUGGGAGGCGAUUUUCAAUAUACGGCGGCGAAUCAGUGGUAUACCAAUCUCGAUAAACUCAUUUCAGUUGUUCGAAAAAAUAAAACUUUGAGCGCAAAAAUUAAUAUCUUUUAUUCAACACCUUCGUGUUAUCUGAUGGCACUAAAAGAAACGCAUCCAAGAUUACCGAGGAAAUUGGAUGAUUUUUUUCCCUAUGCAUCCGGCGAUCAUAGCUACUGGACUGGUUUCUUUACCAGUAGGCCCUCAUUUAAAGGCUUUAUUCGGCAGAGUAGUGCAUUGUUACAGCUCGUUAAGCAACUUCAAGCAUUUUCAAUGGAAAUGACAAAUAACAGAAUACUGCGUAAUACCGUAGCACUUGUGCAACAUCAUGAUGCUGUUACUGGUACAGCACGGGAAAAUGUCACCAGAGAUUACGAACUUCGCCUUUCUCGAGGUUGGGACGAAGCUGAAGUACUAAUAGUUUGUGCAAUAUUUUUGUUGUUGUUGUUAAUAAAAUUAAGAGGAAUGCGAAGCAAUGAUCGACAAAAACAGUUCCGGUGA